UUACAAGAAUCCAUCCUCUCAGAAUUUCAGGCCAAACUUUUGAAGUUUUAAUCCCUUUAACCUUGAAAAAAGAGGAACAUGGGCAGUUUGGAAGCAGAAAGAAAUACAGUGGGGUGGGCUGCAAGAGACCCUUCAGGGAUUCUGUCCCCCUAUACAUACACUCUCAGAAACACAGGGCCCGGGGAUGUUUAUUUGAAGGUAAUGUGCUGUGGGAUUUGCCACACUGAUAUUCACCAGAUCAAGAAUGACCUUGGCAUGUCCAAUUACCCCAUGGUUCCUGGUCAUGAAGUGGUUGGUGAGGUGGUUGAGGUUGGAUCAGAUGUGACAAAAUUCCGGGCUGGUGAUGUGGUCGGAGUUGGCUGCAUCGUCGGGUGCUGUGGCAGCUGUCGCCCGUGCAAGGCUGACAUCGAGCAGUACUGCAACAAGAAGAUUUGGUCGUAUAACGACGUUUACACUGAUGGAAAGCCAACUCAAGGGGGUUUUGCUAAUGCUAUGGUUGUUGAUCAGAAGUUCGUGGUGAAAAUCCCCGAUGGUAUGGCACCGGAGCAGGCUGCACCGUUGCUAUGUGCAGGGGUGACCGUGUACAGUCCCCUCAACCAUUUUGGGCUGAAACAGAGUGGCCUACGAGGCGGCAUCUUGGGGCUUGGAGGGGUCGGACACAUGGGAGUGAAGAUCGCGAAGGCCAUGGGCCAUCAUGUUACGGUUAUCAGUAACAUGAUAGUAACAAAUGGCGUCGGCAUCUUGGCGGCAUCUUGUAAUAUAAUAAAGUAUGUUAUGCUGCCGCUUUUGUGUUUACUAUCCGAGUUAACAAUUACUAUUAAUAACUUGUCAAGAAAGUUAAUUGUGAAAUAAACUUUUUUUUU